GUAGUGGGAAGUUGCGAGUGGGUCGUGUUGCACAAUUUUGUUGUUUAAUUUCCUAGAAACGGCCGUGUAACGUUCUUUUGGGUUUUGGGACAUACCCCUUUUUGCUCUGCUGACUAGUUAAGGAUUUGGUGUUCAUGCACCCAAACGGUUGGCGCGAUUGACUAAGGAAAAAUGUAAAGCGACCGCGAAUGGGCGUCAAGUGAAAAUCGGGUUUUGACGUGUGUCAAAAGAUCACGAUUGUCGCUGAAGUGUGAGUGCAUUGCUCAUCGGUACACGAGAAGCCGUGAAUGUGUAGGUGUUAAGUGGUUAGGUAUAGGGAGUGGAGUAAAAGUGGAAAAUUGGGAAAGAAGAAAGAGUUGUGCAGGAGUGCGAUUUGCGAGUUGCAUUGAUUCUAUUCGCGAAAAGUCUAUCCUUAGUGGGAAAGCCAGACAAUUUGCUUGAAAUCCAGGGGUCGUGGAGUGGAGUGGCGGCGAGUGAAGUUGCGAAAGUAAACUUAAGACGGAAAAGGUCGAUUGGAUCGCCGGGGGUCUUGAAACGCGCGGGGCAAGGCGCGAGCGGUGCCGCCAGCGAUGAGUGUUUUCAGUGAUUUCCAGCGGUUGUGGGUGCAGCGCUUCCCGCAAAGUUCCCUUUCGGAUGCGUGGGAGCAAGAUGUGCGAGCGAGUCUGGAGCGGCACAGACAGCGGAUCGCGGAACUGCAAAAGGAUCUCGAGCAGGAAACGCUCUACGUGGAGUACUUGGAGCGGCUUCUUUCGGAUGUGGAGAAAUAUCGCGAGGCAGGGGGUGAUCCCACAGCACUUUUUGAGGCCGCAACCACAUCACAGUCGCAGGCGACGCCUUUAUCCAUAGUGAGCGGCAAGGAAGAAGGGAACGGCGCGGAUGGAAGUGAGAACAACAGUCGGGCAGGUACGGAGGACACCGUUGCCGGUAACAUACAGACAAAACCGGCGACUGACGACAACAGAAAACUUGAAGAGGGCCUGUUUCGGUCAUCAAGUGAAACAGUUGUGACUCGGGGUGGAGACAGAGAAAGGAGUCGUGAUAGGGAUAGCAUAAGUCGUUUUGGACGCUACACAAAAAGCCAGCAAUCGGAUUCAAGUGGUGUGGCCACAAUCCUAGCGGAAUCGCAAGAUGAACAUGAAGACAAGGACGCUGGAACUGAAAAAGAUUUCAGAAACAUGCAAAUUCAGAAGAAUGGUGCUCUGAACCAAUGUAUUAAUGAAUUAACUUCAAACCGAAGACUUUCUCUUGGGGACAGUGAAAAAAAUAUAAACAAACAGGAUAGUACAUCUGCUGCAGAGAGUUCUCAUUUUGUAACAGUUAUUGAGGUGAAAGAAUCGAAGGAUGCGCAGGAAAAUGAGAAUAGCAGUUCGCAGAAAAUAGUUCAACAAAUGUCGACCAGUAGUGGUGGUGGAGAUUCGAGUGAAAGCGAAGCAACCGUAUCGAUGGGAAGUUUUGAAAGAAAACAUUCGGCCACAGCUAUCGAACCGACGGCACCCCCUAUGUCACCUUCGAAUAGUACUUCAGUAAUAGCAUCAGCUUCUGGCUCACCGAGUAUUUCAGCAUUGCAACCCAGUGGAAUAAAUUCAGAAGGAAAAAAGAAAGUACCCCCUAGACCACCACCAAAAGUGGUAAAACGAGUCGAACCACCUACAAUCCCAAUAGCAGUGCAAUCAAAACGUGAACUAUCCUCAUCGACUUCAGAGAGUCCUUCUAGUUCUUUGGAACACAACAUAAAACCAUCGGAUAUACUAAGGCAGAAAUCGCACGAUGCUUUGGAUGCAAAGUCAUUAGCAGCCAACCGGAAAACCACACCGGAUUUGAGUAAAAGUUCGAAGAGUUCUGAAGUAGCGGAAGAGCUUGGAAGAAUCAUUGGAAAAUCGGAAAGUCUUGAGAAAAACAAGCGGCCAGGAGAUGCAAUGAAAAUUAAUCAGAGUCCCACAGGCAGCUUAGGUAAAACAGUAUCAGCAUUGGGAGCAUCGCCGACGGGUAGUUUGAGUAAGUUUAGCAGUGCCCGACAUGGAACAGACAGUCCAACUGGAAGUUUAGGAAAGAUGGAUAAGAAGGGAAAUGAUUCGACAUUACAAAGUGUUGGAUCCAAAGAAUCGUUAGCAUCGCAAGGAUACAUUUCAGAAAUUAUUAAAAGUUAUGAAUCGAUUUCGUCCUUAAGUUCAGAUAGUAUGAAGACUAGUCAAACUGCAGAGAAUGAGCCUUACUAUGAUACAGUGCCCAAUGAUAACGAUGGCGAAUAUGUAUAUAUAAAAGCCGGAGGAAAUGGCUCGACGUCAAGUCGUGAUGAUCUAUCGACCACUGGAAGCACACUUCCCAUGCCAGCUAUCCAUAGAAGUCAUAUGAGUAGCCAAACAAGUGUCCUAGAACCUGAAUCUCCGGGACGUAGUUCAAAUUAUGUGAAUAUUGAUUAUUUCAUUCACCAAAGCAAUGAACAACGUUCAAGUUCUAUUGACAGUGAUGGUGAAAUGGAUGCUCCACCUAUAAUGCGAACGAUUUCACAAGAUGACCAUGCUAACACACCAGGUGCACUUCGUAAGAUAUCUAGCAGUUUGCGCGGCGGAAAAAUCAGAUCGAUUCUAGACAGUAUUAUAAAAAGUGAAAAAUUGUACGUAGAAUGCUUGAACAAAAUGGUGCAGUAUAAACGCGCAAUUCAUGCCACGUUGGAUACAUCUCAACCUGUGAUAAAAGAGGAAGAAGAAAAUACAAUUUUCUUUAAAAUUGAUGAACUAUAUGCAGCUCAUACAGAUUUCCUGUCGCUGUUGAAACAGAAGGCAAGUCAGGAAUCGGGUGAUAUUCUAGUCGGCGAUGCUUUCAAACGACUGGCAGACAUGAUUGAUUUAUAUAGUUCGUUUUUGCAUAAUUACGGCCAGGCUAUUGAGACUAUUAAGAAGUGUAGCGCAAACAAUCCUCAGUUCAAAGACAUUGCUUCUACUAUAAAAUUAAAUCUACAUAACGAACAAUCUUUGACAUUGGAAGAUUUGUUACACAAGCCGGUGGCUCGUGUUCAAAUCAAUGCCCUAGUGUUCAAUGAUCUGCUUAACGAAACACCCACAAUGCACCCUGAUUACCAACCAUUACGACAAGCUCAAAAAACCAUUCAUGUUUUUUUAAAACAAUUGAAUGUAGUUCCUUGCGAGUCUAAUCGGAAUCUUCGGCGAAUGGUUAAAAAUUCUUUCAUUGUCGAAUUGGUAGACGGUCAUCGAAAACUUCGACACUUGUUCUUAUUCAACGAUGCAAUUGCUUGUGCCAAAUACAAAGCUUCUGGUCGCGAUCGCUUCGAGCUGGAAUUGAAGUGGUUUAUUCCCUUGAAAGAUAUUUUGAUAUUUGAGGAAGACUCAACGGCAGAUUUGAAAGAAUCAAGUCCAGCAAACAUUUUGCAGUUGAAGUCGCAAGCAUGCACCGUACGUGAUCAAAUCCUUCUGGAAGAAAAAGAUGAGAAAAAAGCUAAAGCAAAUGGCUUGCGACUAGGGGACAAACAUCGACGCAAGCUAGCUGACUUAGAAGCUCAACUUGUGCUAGCGUCGCCUAAUCUAGUUUUUCGCAUUGGUAACAAAGCUGCCAAUAAUAAAAAUUUGACUUUCUUCCUGAGCUCUGAGUUUGAAAGAACUCAAUGGAUAGAAUCCAUUAUAUCAUUGCAGCAAUCCUGUAACAUCCACAGUUCAAAUACUGUGAAUUCGCUCGAGAUACAAGCCUUCAUUUUGGCAAUGCAAGGUCGAAUCAAAAGUGAAAUGGGAUCAUAUUUGAUGAGAAAUCGAAAUGACGAAAGCUUACUAGUCGGCGAUCUUCACUUAACAGUUCAAGGACUAACAGGAUUGGAGCAACCUGCCGACAUGUACAUUUGCAUAGAAGUUGAUUCAUAUGGACACUAUUUUCGAAAAGCAAAGACGAAAAUGGUUUGUCGAAGCACAAGUCCACUAUGGAACGAGAGUUUCGUUUUAGAAUUAGAAGGAAGCCAGAAUGUCAGAAUACUUUUGUAUGAGUCACAUGAACGCCCAAUUCUGAAAGCUAAACAUAUCCUCAAGCUUAGCAGAUCGUGGUUACAGGAAGCGCCUUUUAAUAAACCCAUAAAAAUGACUGAGACAAUCACAUUGAACACUACUCUGCGAUUUGUUCCAGGUGAAGUAACUCUUAGACGUGUGCCAACAUCAAAGCCUGGAGCACUUUUUGGGGCCAAAAUGAAUCAAGUUUUAAAACGGGAAAAACGCGACAUUCCAUUUAUUAUAAGUGCAUGCAUUCGGGAAGUGGAGCGGAGGGGUAUGGCUGAAGUAGGAAUAUACCGAGUGAGUGGUUCGGCCUCAGACUUGGCGAAACUUAAAAAAUCAUUUGAAUCAAAUGCAUAUGAAGCGGAGCAACUGUUAAAAGAGGUCGAUAUACACUCGGUGACGGGCAUUCUGAAGUCGUACUUAAGGGAACUUCCAGAGGCGCUAUUCACCGAUAUGUACUAUCCAAAACUUUUCGAAACAUUCAACCAGUUUAGUACGAUCAAUGAGACUGCUAGAAUAAAAGCCUUAUUAGAGAUCUUCGAAGAGCUACCACAACCAAAUAAGGCUACGAUAAAUCACAUAUUAGACCAUUUAAUAAGGGUACAUCAACAAGAAGCGGAGAAUAAAAUGUCACUGCACAAUUUGGCAAUGGUAUUUGGACCAACUUUAUUACGUCCGGGUCAAACGAACACAAAACAAAAAGACCUUUUGGCGUCGAGUACGGUUGAUGUCAUGGCACAAGCAGGAAUUCUUUAUUGUUUCCUACAGUCGCGCUUAAAGAGGGACUAAUAUAAAGUCUGAAAACUCUAUAUAUUAAGACGAAAUAUUUAAACGCAUUUCCCCAUAUUUUUACCCUCAUUGUUGUAAAUAAAAUUCUUGUAACUUUAUAUUACGUUUCGGAUUUAAGUUUGAAUUAUAUAUUUUAGCAUAAAAUAAUAGAACAAUACGAGAACAAUGUAUUACUGUAUGGUUUGUAUCAUUUUAUUAUUUUUAUAAAAAAUAAAAACCAUUGAAAUAUGCAAAGAAAAUUAAGAAUUAUUCAUGAAGUAUCGUUAUUAUGAACUACUCAAAAUAUUCAAAACAAAUACAAAUCCAAACAUAACACUAAACAUAAAAAUAUCCAAACACCAAUAGUACCCACGACACUUACAUUAACCGUCAAGUAUUUUACUGGAAGAAAAUUUUUGAUUUAUUCAAUUUAAAUUUGAUUUUCAUGUGAUUAGCUCGGCCCGAUGUUUGAAUGUAUUUAUAGCAUAUUUGACCGUACGUUACUGUCGUGGAAUGGCAAUACACUGGAUGUAUUUGGAAUUCAAUCAAAUCAAUCAAAAUCAUUGAUAAAAGCACUACUUACACGACCAUGAAUAUGCAAACGCAGCCUGUUCUGCGCAGUCAAUAGAGGAAACAGAAAUAAGUAGGUUUCAUAUAUUGUUUACUACAUUUGCGAGCCGGAAUAUUGAUGAAGAAUAAACUCACGAAACAAUAUUCUUAGUUAGCUCAUAAUAAGCGUCAUUUAAUUGAUUUUAUAUCUAGUCAUGUAAAGGAUUGCACACAUAUUUAAUAAUAUAUUGUCACAUAGAUAUCUUUCAAAGUUGUUUUGCUUUUUUGCUAUUAAUCGCUUUUUUGUUAUUUCAUUAUGGAUUAAGUAUACAUACUUAAUGGGUGUCGGGUCAUUUCAUGGAGUAAUAUUUAUUAUUUACAUCGUCUGAAAAAAGAGAAGCAGAAAAAUGGUAUAAACUACGUUAAAGGAUUGUGUAAUUUAUGUGUUAUUAUUUGAUCUUCUUUCUUAGAAUAAACACAAAAGUAUGUCCUACAUAAAUACAUAAUAUUAAAGAAAAUGUUUCCAAUCAUGUAAACAUAGUUUUCUAUGAAAUUAAAAAUAAAAAUUGAUUAAUGAA